AUGCGAGCGGACGUCGGCUCUCUCGGCACCGAUCAAGCGUCCAAUGCCUUGGGAAGCUGGACAGAUCUGGAUUUGUUCGAUUUUGGGGCCAAUGCCUGUGAUCCAUCUUGGCUGGUAGGGGAAAGUUUCGAUAUCAAUGCUCUGACGUCCUCCAUCUCGGCAACGGGUUCGCCAUGGGGAUAUGGCGAAGCUCCAGCAAACGUCGCGCAAAUCCAGACAAAGGAAGCUUCGGAUGAGGCUCAUGGCACACACGGGUCGAUCACCGACAACAAUAUCCGAGCUCGAGUACGAAACAGAUGGCACACGCGACCAGUCGUCGAAUCGGCGUAUCCUUACGCACUCAAGAAUUCGGAGAACUUACAUCAGGUAGACGAGGCAUAUCGAGCCGGUCUUUCAUUUCGACUUCGUCCUUGUCUUCAAGAUGAUGUUCUACCAUCUGCUGACUUUUUGAAUACAUGCAUCAAGUUGUACUUUGCUAAAUUCCAGCCCAUCUUCCCCAUCGUGCACGCGCCCUCGUUUCGACCCUCGUCAGAGAAUGCUCUUCUACUCUUAUCUAUCUGCUCCUUAGGCGCUCUGUUUGUGGGAUCUAGCGUCGCUGCUGCUCGUGGUCGGGCUAUCUUCAUGAAGCUGAACAAGGCAAUUUUGGCAUCGUGGGAAGUCUAUCUCUACCGAGGUGGGCGCGAAGCGUUGGCUGUAGCGCAAGCCGUUGUUCUAGGCCAGACAUUUGGGAUGCUCUCCGGUAAUCCAAACGAUCUGCUUCUGACUGAAAGCUUCCACGGUACUAUCAUCGCAUGGGCCCGCCAAGCUGGGAUGUUUAAAGUCAAAGAUUCUCUACAGGAGGCCGGCCUUCAGGACCCAGACGAUCUGGAAACUGCAUGGAGAUCAUGGUCCCAAACAGAGGAAACUGUCCGAGUGCUGGCGGCGUUGCACAUUCAUGACUCGGAGUUCGCAGCUAUUUUUCACCACGAACCAUUUCUACGCCAUGAAACGGAAAGAUUACCGCGUUGUUGCUCAGAUCAGCUGUUCGUUGCCUCUACAGCUACUCAAUGGCAUCUGAUGAUUAAGUCUCUACAGUCUUCUCCGUCUUCAAGCGAGCCACAAGAUCACGCUUCUGUAGGCACGACUGUAUCGUCGAACACCCACGCUUCCAUGAACGCUUACGUCCUGCUUGCCGGCCAUAGCGCGGCGAUACGUGAAGCGCGGUGUGCAACAUUUACCGAGUCAAUGAUUGUAGACUUUAGACGCCGUUUAACAACCUGGUACGAAGCAUAUCUUCCAAGCAUCCGCCAUCCGAGUCGCGACCCCCACUGCCUCCUGGUGCUCUGGCACGAGACAUUCAUGUCGCUAUACGUAUCCUUCGACUUGCUUGAGCGUGUGAUAGGUCGUGAGGGGCCAUCGAUAAGGGAUGGAGACCUCGCACGUAUCCGCGGUUGGGUGGUUGAGCCGGAGGGACAGAGUUGUGUCAUUCACGCAAUGCUCAUCUACAAGCGCCUACAAGCCCUGCCUAUCAGUACGGAACCAGCUAUCCAUGUCCCAAGGGCGUUGUUCUAUGCAGGACUGGUUGCGUACUGUUAUGCUAAGUUCCGGCCACCCGAAGCUUCCCACAGCGAUAUUGAUAUUCCCGAACUGCGAUCGAGCGAUCUUGGACUUAUGUCGGCUCGGAACUCGGCGGAGCCAUCCACAACCAACUUUCGCCAAUUCGAUUCGACCACAUUGUAUAAUAUCACUGACCUUCUCUAUCGCCAAGGGCAUUGGGAGCUGUCCCGCAGAUUUGCCUCGAUUCUAGAGGCGCCAAUAGAGGACCUCGCAGACUCCACAGUUAGCAAUCACAAAGUCAAUUAGGAGCCAAAUCGUAAUUACCUUGUUGCUAGCCAACAGAAUCUCCUGGUAAAA